AUGUCGAGCGAAGACUUUUCUGCACCCCUCGCUCCCACGACGGCUGCUCCCGACUCGGCUUCGCAACCGACACCGUCGGAGGUCGCUAUCGCCGGUCCCUCCGUGCCUAGCAACGAGCACAACCCAACACACCCACCUCAACCCUCGACAUCAGCCUCUUCAGUACCCAUAGUAGACGAAAACGGUCGAACUCUCUCCAAGAACGCGUUGAAGAAGCUCAAGAAAGCCGCGGCGCGGGAAGCGACGAAAGCGUUCCGACGCCAACAAGAACGAGCCUCGCGUAAAGCCAAACAAGCUCGCAAACGACAACUCGUCGCCGAGGGGGUCUUGGACAAGGAAGAAUUGGAGAGCGUGGCGAGUCGCAAAAGGAGGAGGCUGAGGGAGGCGGGGGGGAGGGUCGUGCCGCAUGGGGCCAAGGUGAUUAUUGAUUUGGGCUUCGAUGAGCUCAUGACGGAAAACGUAAGUCACGUGCAAAGUGGGUGGCACCGAAUGGGACAGAGAGUUCAAGUCAUCGAUUCUCGUUCGCAGGAGGUCAAAUCCAUGUCAUCGCAACUCGGGUUCUGCUACUCGGCGAACCGCAACGCUCUGAAACCGUUCGACCUCAUCAUGACCUCGCUCAGUGGGCGACUCAAGCAACGCCUCGAUUCGACGAAGGGGACACCGCAUGAGCAUUGGAAGGGCGUGAGGUGGAUGACGGAUUCCUAUACCGCACUAUACGAUCCUUCGACUGCGACCGCACCGUCCACUACGAGCUCGACGACGGCCUCAACCGAAGCCUCGACUUCGACUUUGAGCCCCACUGCGACCACGACGGCUACCCCCACCGAGUCCGAAGCAGCUGCCCAGGCUGGACCCACUCCCGUCGAGGCAGACCCACUCCCUGCUCUCGACAAGUCCUCCUUCAUCUACCUCACCGGCGACUCAACGAACGUCCUCACCACCAUAGACCCAACCAAGACCUACAUCCUCGGCGGCAUCGUCGAUCGCAACCGCUACAAAUCCCUCUGCCUCGACAAAGCGCUCCAACACGGCAUCGGCCAUGCCCAACUCCCCAUCGGGGAAUACCUCGCCGAAAUGCCGACGAGGAAGGUCCUGACUGUGAAUCAGGUGUACGAUAUCAUGGUCCAGUUUGUCGAGUGCGGCGAUUGGGAGAAGGCGUUGAGGGAUGUGAUGCCGUUGAGAAAGAUGACGCAUGGGACGCCGGGGCAUAAGAAGACGGGCGAGCGGAAAGUCAAGAUUAAAGAGGCUGAGGCAAGAGCCGAGGGGGUCUACGUCGCAAAGGAUGAGAUGGCGGACGAGGAUGAUGGGGUCGACGGUGCACAGGACGAUGAAGAUGACGACGACGACGCGAGUGACGCAGUGCCGAGUGAUGAAGGAGAAGAGGGAAUGUCGGGCAUAUCAGAAGCAGGCAACGACGACGUAGAACCAUCAGUAGCAACAUGUCAUAGUUUGCAUUGCCACAUCUAA